AUGCCAGUCCCCGAUCUGCCAGGAACCCCACAGAUCCCAGCUAGCUAUAUCGCGGUCGAGGACGUGAAUCCUAGCGUCGACAUGUACGGAUCCACUACAGACAUCCCACCUCUGCCCGAUGUGUCGAAACAGGACACACACGCUGACGUGGCUGCCUUGCGCGCCAGCUUCGCCACAGGCGCCACCAAGGACCCCAAGACGCGCAAGUCACUGCUGCGAGCGCUGCAACGACUCGUAAAUGAGAACGAGGCUAUUAUCAAUGAGGCUGUAUGGAAGGAUCUGCACAAGCAUCCAUUGGAGCUGUUCUCCACCGAAGUCGCACUGCUCAAAGCGGAGAUCCAAGACUUUAUCGACUAUGUUGACGAUUGGUCCAAGCCUAAACUUAAGACUACCAACAUCGUCAAUCUCCCAGGCCUGUCUUACAUUAGACCUGAGCCUCUCGGCGUAGUCUGUGUCAUAGGCACAUGGAACUACCCGAUAAACCUGCUACUGAUGCCGCUGGUAGCCGCUCUUGGAGCUGGCAACUGUGUCGUCGUGAGACUACCGGGAGACGACACCACGCGCUUCCUGAACAACGUGUUGAUCCAGCUGUUCGACAAAUACAUGGACAAGCGCUACGUCCGCUUGGUGUAUGGAGGUGUCGAGGAGACCAAGAAGAUGCUACAAGAGCGCUACGACCUCAUCUUUGCCACAGGCGGCAAUUUUCUGGGCAAAAUUGUGGCUCAAGCUGCGGCACAAUAUUUGACACCAACGGUGUUGGAGUUGGGAGGCAAGUCUCCGUGUAUAAUUGACAACACAGCGGACUUGAAAUUGGCUGCAAAGCGCAUUGCCUGGGGAGCAUUCUUAAACGGAGGACAGACGUGCGUUCGCCCAGACUAUUUGCUGGUGGACGCAAAAGUGGGCGAUCAGUUUGUGAAGCUGCUGGAAGGAGAACUGGAUGUGCAAUACGGUGGUGCCAACGUGAAGGAGUCGGACAGCUACGGCCGUGUAAUCAACCAGCGCAUGCACGACCGCUUGGUGCGCAUUCUGGACAAAGAUCGUAAGCAUGUGGUCUAUGGUGGCGAUACCGACAACAAGCAACGUUUUAUUUCACCAACGCUGCUAAACUUCCGCACUGAAUUGGACUUAUUCGUGUCGAGUGCCUCCAUGGGCGAAGAGAUCUUUGGCCCACUGCUGCCAAUCUACUACUACACGUCGGGCGAUUUGGACGAGCCUAUUACCUUUGUCACUGCACGGGAGAAACCCCUUGCGUUGUACCACUUCAGCUCCAAUGGCAAGAACAAAGAGCGUGUAGUAAACGAGACAUCUGCCGGUAGCAUGAUGCUGAACGACAUGCUUAUGCAGCUCUCGAACGCGCACGUUCCAUUCGGUGGUGUUGGCAACUCUGGCAUGGGCGCCUAUCACGGCCACUACGGAUUUGAGGCCUUCUCGCACUACAAGUCGGUGAUCUACAAGAACGGGAUGCUGGAUCUACCACAGCGUUAUGCGCCGUACACUCCAUCGAAGAAAUUUAUCCUAAGCAUCGCCAUGUACCCGUUCUCUCGACUGCACAUGCGGCUGGUCAAGUCUCUUGGCUUCGCUGCGGUGCUUGCCAUCAUUGCUGUCAUUAUCAGGUACUCCGUCUGAGAAGACAGAGCAAAUCUUGGUAAAAGAAAAGCUCUUCCAUCUUUUUAUUCUGAACUAGCCAUUUGAACCGGCAUAGUUGCAAAACUCAAAUGAAGCAGUAAUUUCGUUGUUUUU